UAAACACAUUAUGACUUUCUUCUUAAUAAAUAUAAUCGACAUAUACAGAUACUAGGUUCUGUGUGGAACGGUUUUUAGAAAUAUAAGUUUUUAACUUAAAAGAAACAUAGUAAGUAAAAUAUGAGAAUCUGGCAGGAAACGUCCGAUGUUGUUUUACAGCAUGUUAUUGCAUUUAUUUUACGAGGGCUUAAAACUCAGUACACUAUUAAAUAACCUGCUUUACAAGACUGGAGUACAGGAUAUAUCUCAUGACGAGAUCUUGUAAGAUUUUACACUCAGCUGGUGUAAUUUGGCAUGCAGGCAUAAACGCUGGGAAGAGAUCGUGAAUUUAAUGUGCUUUUUCAUCUGGCUAGGUUAAAAAAAUAGUCCGGGGCCUCCUCCAUUUUAGCAAUGCAUCAAAGCAAUAAAGAUAUUGUACAACAAAAUGCACAACUUUAUCAAUUAUGAGGGAAAUCUACAUGUAGGCUAUAGGUCUUUUUUAUGUUUAUUCAAAGGACAAAAUUAACCAUACCGUUAUCAGCGGAUUGAUUUACUCUCUGUAUUGGUAAAUAUGAUCACGUGAUUCAUGUAACCAAUCACUGAAGAUGAAGCCAGCAAAAAUACUAUGAUUGUUCGGAGGCAAGGUUUCCGUAACAGUGUAACCUUUUAUAUGACUACGAGGGGAUCCAAAAAUGUCGACCGGUUCAACUCUGAGCAACUAUUAUGUGGACUCUAUAAUGGGACACGAGACAGAAGAUGUGUACGGAGCGCGUUAUGUCCAGAGUUCGCACUCGGCGGCUGCUAGGCCGUCAGGUGUAGGGGAAAAUGCGGAUUUUUCCUCCUGUAGCUUUGCUCCCAAGUCAGCCGUUUUCCCCACGUCCUGGUCCUCGGUUCAUCCUCCGUCCACAGGUACGGUGUCCGGAAUUUACCAUCCGUAUGUGCACCAGUCCCACAUUGCAUGUGCAGAUAACAGAUACGUGCGUUCAUGGGUAGAUCCGAUCUCGAACCACAUCUCCUUUUCCGGCUUCCAUUCGAGCAGUCGUCAGUGCGGGGCAAAGGCGGAAACUAUACCGCCUAAAAGGACCGAAAGCUCGUCGUUCGGCCCUGACACUCCGGCGGCCCCAGACUACAGCUGUGGCGCCCUGGCAGAAUGUGUACAGAAAGCCAGCAAAGAUACCGCUGACAACGAUAAUUCCAACCAAAACGAGUCAAAAGACGAAAAACAUCAUCAACAACAACUUGACCCAAGCAACCCAGCAGCAAACUGGAUUCAUGCACGUUCAACGAGGAAGAAACGCUGUCCAUAUACAAAAUACCAAACACUGGAACUGGAAAAGGAAUUUCUUUAUAACAUGUAUUUGACGAGAGAUCGCCGUUACGAAGUUGCACGGAUUCUGAAUUUGACCGAGAGGCAGGUGAAGAUCUGGUUCCAGAACAGAAGAAUGAAAAUGAAGAAGAUAAACAGAGAAAGGGGUAGUCAGGAGCCUCAGUGAACAUUACUGAGUCGCAAAGUGUCCUCUAUGUAUAUGAGUAAUAUGUUACGUUUAGAUCGAGGUUGUUGGAGCCUCAUGUUGGAGCCUCAUUGGUUUAUUUUGUUUAUGUUGUUAUGCUUUGUGGUCAAAUUAUUUUAUAGACAAAAACACACGCUUACAUUCUGAUUGUUUUGAAUUGAAUAUAUAGAGUCUUAAAAUAAUUAGGAUUUGUUCAUUACUGAAGCAAAUUACUGAACAAUUACAAAGUUGCAAAAAAAAUUAUUGAACAAAUGUUAAAACAGUUGUGCCCGCUGGUAAUAUGCAAACACUAUGUUCAAUUAAAUUUUAAUUGUGUUUAUUCGUGUACACUUAACUGAAUCUUAAUAGUGUACAGCACAUUGACUGAGGAAUAGUAUUCAUGGAGCAGGUAAAGCCCACGCUACUCUCCCUAUUACAAAUAUAAUUAACAUGCAGUAUUCGUUAUGCAGCAAUGUUUGGGUCUAAAUCUAAAUAUGAAGAAAAUUUUAGAGACUUUACACUUUCUUUCAGGAUUCAUUUUGUAUAAAAAAUGUUAAGCAUUAGGUUGAGAUUCUGAAUGUAUUCCUUGUUCUAGUGUCUAAAAUGCAUAAAUAUUUGUCAAUAUAAUGACAUUUUAAAAGUCUAAAUUAAAAAAAUAUUUAAUAAAAAUGGUCUACAUUUAAGGGCCCAUGCAUAGGGUAUCAUAUAGAGUCUGAUUAACAAAUUCUGGGUUCAAGGAUCGCUUUUCGUGGCUCCGUGGAGUGGUGUCCGAGAUUCUAAAAUUUAAGUCCUCGUAAUUUUUACCUGUGUUGGCACGUGAAGGCUGUGGUGCACCAAUAAAAGAUGUUUCAUUAAAGGCAUAGCAUCAGAUUUGUUAAAGCGAGUUCCUCGUCAGUGGGAGAAACAACUCCAUGUGUUUGUGUACAAAGAACAAUUAUGUGGAAUAUGAUUUGUAAAAAACUAAAUUACAAUUUGCAAAACAAGGUAAAUUUCCCCUAUGUAUGGAGACUUUGUAUGGACACCCUGUAUAUUAGCAAUGUGGAACAGCGUGAAAACCUAAAGUUUUUUUUUUUUUUUUACAUUUUACUUAGGUUGAGAAAAUUUGCCACAAGAAAUAAACACGGUGCUUGGACAGCACACUUUCCAUGUUGCUCUUGUGCUUAAAAGUUCAG